AUGAGAGCCCUGUAUAAAUGUGGAGCAUUCCUCUCAGAGGUUUUAGCCAAAGAUCCUUUCACUACUCUCCAGACUACAGUUGCAGAGCCCAUGGUUCCAGAAGCUGCCACUUUGGUAGUUCCAGCAGUUCGUGCGGCAGCAGUAGCUGAGCCAGCAGUCUCCGAAGCUCCAGAAGUACAGGCUGCUGUCCCAGAGACUUCAGAUGUUGAAACCUCAGAAGCACCCGGGGCCUCUUCCCAAGCCAGCUACAGAUACAGCUCCUUAUUCUCGGCUUACAAAGCCUCGGCCAAACCACGGCGGCACAAGCGAGAAUGGAUCCUUCCUCCAGCAAAACUGUACGAGAACGUCGACUACACAAAAGAAGAGAGUAUUGCCAAAAUUCGAUCAGAUAUGGACGAAGGCCAGAGUGUGGAGUACAGGCUGACAGGCCAUGGAGCAGACAAAGAGCCUUUUAACCUCUUUGUUGUCAACCCAAAGACUGGGCAGGUCAGAGUCACGGGCCCCCUGGACAGGGAGAAAAUAGCACAGUACAAUCUGACUGGAGUGGCAAAGUAUCGUAACGGCACACAGGCAGAGACGGACAUUGAGAUCAGAAUUCAGAUUAUUGAUGAUAAUGACAACCCUCCAACGUUCAAGCCUUACACAGCAGUUGUUCGGGAAUGUAGUCAAGUGGGGACACCGGUGGCGACAGUACAGGCUGAGGAUGAUGAUGACCCAAACACAGUCAAUGCUAAGAUAGCGUACAGCAUCAUCAAACAGGAGCCAGCCGGGUCCGGGCCAAUGUUCUCAAUCGACAGAGACACAGGGGAAAUCACCGUGAAGAAGCAUACCCUGGAUCGGGAGAUGAACAGCGUAUACACGCUGACAGUGCAAGGUGUGGACAAGGAUGGAGCGCCAGACGGCCUAACAGGGACGGGAACAAUUAAGAUCACUGUUCUCGACAUAAACGAUAAUGUUCCUGUUCUUGAGAAAGAAGAGUAUUUGGGCAGCAUAGACGAAGGUGCAGUUAAUGUGGUGGUGAUGAGGAUCAAAGCUCUGGAUAGCGACUUAAUAAAUUCAGACAACUGGCUGGCUGUUUUUGACAUCGUCAAGGGAAACGAGGACGGUCUCUUCACCAUUGAGACAGAUCCGAAAACCAAUGAGGGCAUUCUAAAACUGGUCAAGCCACUGGAUUACGAAAUGGUCCAAAAUGUGGACCUUGGCCUCUUGGUUUCUAAUGUUGCUCCAUUUGUAAAUGGAACUGCGGUUGCUCUGGGUCUGGAGCUAGAUUUGGGACCAGAUCUUGGACCAGGGGCAGCAGCAGGAGGAGGUGCUGGAGCUGGACCAGGAGGAGGUGCAGGGGGAGGAGGUGGAGGAGGAGGCGGAGGAGGAGGAGGAGGGCCUGGGGCAGGGAAAAGCUACCCAAUCAAGAUCAGUGUGAAUAACCUGCCAGAUGGCCCAGGAUUUAAACCCCGUGUGAAAGAGUUGCCCGUGUCAGAGGACCCAGAAAAGCUCUCGGUUCCCAUGGUGAUUGGUUCCUACCCUGCGGUGGAUGGAGACACAGGAGAACUGGCUGAAAAUGUCCUGUACGCUAAAGGAUCUGACCCGGAUAACUGGCUGACUAUUAACGAAGAGACUGCAGAGAUUACACUAACCAAAGUGCCUGACCGAGAGUCCAAGUCUCUGGUCAACGGAACCUACUAUGCUAAAAUCCUGUGUAUGACAAAAGAUACACCACCUAAGACCGCCACAGGAACUAUAGCUUUAAAGGUAGAGGACACAAACGACCACUGCCCCAGACUAACCAGCACCUACGAGAGCAUCUGCUCUGAUGUCAAUGUGGUGAACGUGACAGCAUUCGAUGAGGAUGUUUAUCCUAAUGCAGCACCAUACACAUUCACACUGAUAGAGGACGAGACCAGAGGAGAGUGGGAGAUGGAGCAUCUCAACGCAACAACGGUGGGGUUCCGGGCAAAGGAGUCACUGUGGCCAGGAGUGUAUGAGCUGACAGUGGAGAUCACAGACAUGCAGGGUCUGGGAUGUGGGGACAAACAGAAGUUCCAGGUAGAGGUUUGUACCUGUGGAGAGAAUGGCACAUGUGCCAUCAGAGCUCAACAGAUUGGUUCCUCUGUCAACCUGGGUGCUCCAGCUAUUGGACUACUGCUGCUAGGCCUAGCCCUUGUCCUCUUGGUGCCCCUGCUCCUGCUGGUCUGCCAGUGUGGGUCUGUGGGACAAUUCGUCGAGUUGCCCUUUGACGCUAAAGAAUACCUCAUCCCCUAUCACACAGAGGGCAAGGGAGAGGACAAGGAGGUACCUCUUCUGAGCGCCCCAGCUGUGAUCACAGACAGGGGGCCUGAUAUCGAGGCUGUUAACGUCAGCUCCAAAUCCGCCAUGAUGCUCAGCAGUCAGUUCCCUGGCAGUGCAGCGCCAGGCAAACUGGAUCAGGGGCUGACCUAUCAGGAGAACACGUUUGCAACUAUGCAAUAUGGGAAUUCUCUGUAUUCCUCAUCCUACAGGCACACAGAGAAUGAUAUUUAUGAGGGAAUGGCCCUGCCCGACAGUUACCUCCAUCAGUACUACUCUCAGAAGGCCAGCUGUGCAGUGGACAGUCAACAAUCUACAGACUGCCUGCUGGUGUACGAAUAUGAGGGCCAGGGUUCCUCUGCUGGAUCUAUAGGUUGCAGUAGUGUCCUCCAGUCUGACAAUGACCUUGAAUUUCUCAACGAGCUGGGGUCAAAAUUCAUGACCUUGGCGGAGAUCUGUAGUCCACCACCGAUGCCUCCUCCACCACAGCUGCAAGAGGAUCACACCGCUACAACCAUAAACACAAACAUUAAGACAGAGAGCUCUGUUGCCACACAUGCAGUUGACAUUGUCAAUUCUGCUCCACCACCUUCGAAACACGCUGCAGUCACCGAAGUCACCAAAACCAUGAGUGGAUCAGCUACCCUUCCCAGAGUGAAGACCGGUCAAACCCUACUACUGCAGCAGCAGCCUCUGUACUACAUGGUGGAGCAGCAGGUGCCCAGCGCUGUCCUGGUGGCGGAGAGGCCUCCUGUUACACUGGGACAGAGCAUGUACGUGGUGGGUGGAGCUCCACAGGCAGAGGGGCUGCUAGUCCACAGUGGUGUCCCAGCACAGGCCACCCUGAGUGGGACAACACAGGGAAUGUAUGUGCUGAAUGGAGCUUCCAUUCAACCUCACGCUGCUGGAAGUUCAGGAAAUAACAUCACCAUCAGUCCCACCUCCUCUGCCUGUGAAACCAUACUGCUCCAAGGAGCUCCAAUGGGAGCUAAUGGUCUGGUGAUCAAUAAUGGCUCUUCAGAACAGGGUGGCAUUUCUGGCCUUCACAGUGAGACCCUUAAAAAUGGUGAAAUGUCAGUCAUCUCAGGAAUCGGUAUGGGACUGGGGCAUGUGGUCAUGGGGGAGGAGCUAAGAGGGUCAAAUAAGGGGCUAGUUCACAUGAGUCAUCAAAAUAGCGUGGCCCUCGUCGAAAGUUCAGGCAGGUCUUGUCCGGCACUUGUCGAAAGCAUUUCUGGCCUUCACAGUGACACCCUUAAAAAUGUCGUCACAGGAGUUGCACAGGGCAUGGGAGUGGGACAUGUGGUCGUGGGGAAGGAUCUGAGAGGAUCAAACCAGGGGCCGAUGCACAUGAGUUCCCAAAGUAGAGUGGCCCUUAUUGAGAGGCAAGGCUGGAACUGGAAUCUGCUGCCAUCUAGUGGGGAGCUGGCCAACAAAAACACCCACACGUCCGAGAGAAGAAGAGGCAGGUCAAGAACUGCACCUGAAGGAACACACCUGACCCAGCCCUUCCAUAGCUAUGCUUACUACACCACAGCCCUGCCCCCCCCCACAGCCAUACUUACUCCACCAUGGCCCCACCCCUCCACAGCCACGCUUACUCCACCACAGUAUGGGUGGGGGGGUGCAAUUGUGCUGACAGAGAAAGUUUCUGUGACGUGCGAGAGAGAGAGAAACAGGGCGAGAGUGGUGUUUGCCUACUGCUCUACCAACGCUGACAUGGCUGGUCCUUGGCUUGGAAGACUGUUUCUGCUCCUGUUUCUGUGCAUGUUCAUGGUUUCAAAAGCUGAUGCUAGGUCAAAGCGACAAAAGCGAGAGUGGAUUCUCCCGCCAACCAGGCUAAGGGAGAAUGUUGACUACACAAAGAGGGAAUACAUCGCCAAAAUCAGAUCGGAUAAAGACAUUGAUGGCAUGGUGGACUACAGCCUAUCAGGCCACGGGGCUGACAAAGAGCCCUUUAACCUCUUCAUCGUCAACCCCGUGACUGGUACCGUCAGGAUCACGGGCAUCCUGGACCGAGAGUCUAAAAGGGAAUACAACUUGACAGGGCUGGCAAAAUAUCGGGAUGGGUCGCUGGCUGAAACUGAAAUACAGCUCAGAAUUCAGGUCAUCGACGAAAACGACAACCCGCCGAGGUUCGAAUUUCAAUCGGGAACUGUAAGAGAAUGUAGCAAAGUGGGGACACCUGUUAUGAAGAUCACUGCCAAAGAUGAUGAUGACCCAAACACAGUCAAUGCUAAGAUAGCUUAUAGCAUCAUCAAACAGGAGCCAGCCGGGCCUGGGCCAAUGUUCUCCAUCGACAGAGACACAGGGGAAAUCACCGUUAAAGAGCAUACGCUGGAUCGAGAGACUCAGAGCUCAUACACUUUGAUCGUGCAAGGCGUAGACACGGACGGAUCGCCCGAAGGAAACACCGGAACCGGGACAAUCGAGAUCAAAGUCCUGGAUAUUAAUGACAAUGUUCCUACUCUUGAGAAAGAGGAGUUCUCAGGCAGUAUAGAUGAAGGUGCAGCUGAUGUGGUUGUGAUGAAGAUCAAAGCUCUGGAUAAAGACUUAGAAGACACAGACAACUGGCUGGCUGUUUUUGACAUCGUCAAGGGAAACGAGGACGGUCUCUUCACCAUUGAGACAGAUCCGAAAACCAAUGAGGGUAUUCUAAAACUGGUCAAGCCAGUGGACUAUGAAGCAGUCAAAGAUUUGACUCUUGAUCUGAUGAUAUCAAACGUUGCCCCCUUCAUAAAUGGGACAGCACUAGCUCUGGGUCUGAUUGUGGGCCUUCAGCAAGAGCUGGAGGUUGAAGCUGGAGCAGGGGCAGGCGCAGGUGCAGGUGCAGGAGUCGGGGUGGAUGUAGGAGUCGGGGCAGGAGUCGGGGUGGAUGUAGGAGUCGGGGCAGGAGUCGGGGUGGAUAUAGGGGUGGAUGCAGGACUAGAUGCAGAUUUGGAUCUGGGAGUGGAUGCAGGGGUGGAUGUAGGAGUAGAUGCAGGAGUAGAUGUAGGAGUAGAUGUAGGAGUAGAUGCAGAAGUGGAUGCAGGAGUAGAUGUAGGAGUAGAUGCAGAAGUGGAUGUAGGUGUGGGAGUGGAUGGUGAUGCCGAAGUUGGAGUUGAUCCAGGAGUCAAACCUGGAACCAAACCAAGUAAGAAGCCCAGUAAAAAACCAAGGCCUAAACCAGGUACCAAACCAGGUAGACCUAAACCUAAAGCCCCUGGAGGGAAAAGCUACCCAAUCAAGAUCAGUGUGAAUAACCUGCCAGAUGGCCCAGGAUUUAAACCCAGUGUGAAAGAGUUGCCCGUGUCAGAGGACCCAGAAGAGCUCUCUGUCCCUGAGGUGAUUGGUUCUUACCCUGCCGUGGAUGGUGACACAGGAGAAAUAGCUGAAAACGUGCGGUACGCUAAAGGAUCUGACCCAAACAACUGGCUGACUAUUAACGAAGAGACUGCAGAGAUUACACUAACCAAAGUGCCUGACCGAGAGUCCAAGUCUCUGGUCAACGGAACCUACUAUGCUACAAUCCUAUGCAUGACUCAAGAUACACCACCUAAGACCGCCACAGGAACUAUAGCCUUAAAGGUAGAGGACACAAACGACCACUGCCCCAGACUAACCAGCACCUACGAGAGCAUCUGCUCUGAUGUCAAUGUGGUGAACGUGACAGCAUUCGAUGAGGAUGUUUAUCCUAAUGCAGCACCAUACACAUUCACACUGAUAGAGGACGAGACCAGAGGAGAGUGGGAGAUGGAGCAUCUCAACGCAACAACGGUGGGGUUCCGGGCAAAGGAGUCACUGUGGCCAGGAGUGUAUGAGCUGACAGUGGAGAUCACAGACAUGCAGGGUCUGGGAUGUGGGGACAAACAGAAGUUCCAGGUAGAGGUUUGUACCUGUGGAGAGGAUGGCAUAUGUGGCGUCAGAGCUCAACAGUUUGGUUCCUCUGUCAACGUGGGUGCUCCAGCUAUUGGACUACUGCUGCUAGGCCUAGCCCUUGUCCUCUUGGUGCCCCUGCUCCUGCUGGUCUGCCAGUGUGGGUCUGUGGGACAAUUUGCAGAGUUGCCCUUUGACGCUAAAGAAUACCUCAUCCCCUAUCACACAGAGGGCAAGGGAGAGGACAAGGAGGUACCUCUUUUGAGUGCACCAGCUGUGAUAACACAGAAGGGAACUGAAAUCCAGGCUGUUAAUGUUGGCACCAAGUCUGCUAUGAUGCCCACCAGUCAGGACUGGGACAGCUUCUACGGCAGAGCUGCACCAGGCACGCUCCGUCAGAACACGAAUGAAAAGCUCGUGUCAGUGGAUCACAGGCAGACCUAUCAGGAGAACACGUUUGCAACUGUGCGACGUGGAAAUUCUCUGUACUCCUCAUCCUACAGGCACACAGAGAAUGACAUUUAUGAGGGAAUGGCCCUGCCGGACAGUUACCUCCAUCAGUACUACUCUCAGAAGGUCAGUUGUGCAACACAGGAUAACUUUCCCAAGGACAGCCUGCUGAUCUACGACAAUGAGGGUCGAGAUUCUCCUGUUGGCUCUGUAGGCUGCUGCAGUCUUCUCGAGUCUGACAAUGACCUUGAGUUCCUUAACAACCUAGGCUCAAAAUUUACUACCUUGGCAGAGAUUUGUAGGCCCCCUAAGCCCACUGUAACACAGCAAAAAGUACAACACACACUGAAUGCAUCAACCAGCAUUAAGAAAGAAAGCUCCAUCACCAGCAGCAAGGUUGAAGUUGUCAAGUCUGCGCCACCUCCACCAAAACAGUUGCAAGAGAAUUCGGUCACCAAAGCCACCAAGACUGUAAGUACAUCAGCCGCCCCUCCAAGCAUGAAGUCCACUCAGACAGUACUGCUGCAACAUCAGCCUUUGUACUACCUGGUGGAGCAACCAAUAGCAAAUGCUGUUCUGCUGGCUGAGAGGCCCUCUGUUGGUGAGAACAUUUAUGUUCUCAGUGGAGCUCCAGGGGCAGAGGGGCUGCUUCUCCAGCCCAGUGUCCCAGCACAGACCACUUUCAGCACAACACAACAGGGGGUGUACCUGAUUAAUGAGACCUCUGUUCCACCAGGAAGCAAAGUGUUAUCUGGUCCCAGCAGUCCUACCAGCCCAAGCAGUCCUUUAAGUCCAAUAAGUCCUACAUUCCUCAUUCAGGAAGGAUCAAACUUGCUCUACCACCAGGCCUCCCCUGCUCAAGGUACCCCCACUGGUGCUCAGAAGAUGGUGGUCAUGCAGACUGAAGGUAAUACAGGAAUUGUUCAGUCUCCACAAGUACCAGUGCAGACAAGAGGAGACCCACAAGUUUUCAGUCUUGACCCCAUGAAGCCCUCAAGCCCAGAGAACUUUGUUCUAGUCCAAACAUAUGGUUAUGUUUCCCCAAAUCAGUCUGCGAGAGUUUUAGCUCCAGUACAACCAGGUCUCAGCCAAACCACCAUGCAGGUAGGAAGACCAGAGGGUGUGUUUUCAUUUCAGAACCAGGGACCUUUACUUCCCAAUCAACCAACACAGACACAAAUAGGGGUAGUGAUGCAGGGAAGUCCCGUAGAGUUCACUCCAACAACAUUAUCACCCAGAGGACCAGACACUGCUGUAUUUGUGCCAACACAGGGCCCUGUAGAGACCACUCAGGUUUGUGGACCAGAGAAAGGGGCACUUGAGCAAAUUCAGGUUAGCAGUGGGCGGUUGCAGACUGUGAAUGUGGUACCUCCGAGUGCUUAUCUGGACAAUGUAUGUUUGAUCAAAGAUGUUGCCUCUCAAGGACCCAUAGGAAAAGUGCACCCUGAAGUUACACUUGGUGUCAAGAAAGAGAGCUCAUUGGAUAGAAUUUGUCCAGCACAAAGUCCACCUGCUACUGAAAUAGCAGUGACCCCACCUGAACCUCCAGUAACUCUUUCAGGAGAUUCCACCGAGGCAGUUACCCUAUUUGAAGAACCAGUAGAGGCUGUGCCUAUGAGUACUGAACUCGAGAAGAAGGCUCUCUUUGAGGGCAACAGCAAUCCUGGCAUAGAGACUGAUGGAGCUACAAAGACUUUGUCAGAUUGUCAGGUUUUGUCGGAUUCCAAUUUGGCAAAAAAUGAGAUAGGAGGGACAGUCACCGUGGAGCCAGUGAAAGAAGAAGCAGAUGAGAUUUCUGAACAUGAACUGCAGGCUACUGAGACAGAAGACACUAUGGUACCAGCAGUAGAUAAUCCAGAAUUAAUCCAAGAUCCGUUACCGGAUCCAAGGGGGCAAACUGCAAACAGUGUGACAGAAACAAGUGAGGAAGGUGCGCUAGAUGAGAACAUGUCCAGAACUGUGCAACUUUGCACAAGUCUCAAUGAGUCCUCUAUGGCAAGUUCUGAUAUCAUUAGUUCAGUGACAGGUGAAAUGGCUGCUGAACUGUCAGAGGCAAACAAUGUUUCAGUACAACAGAAUUAUUCAAUUUUGGCAGAGGAACUGGUUUCCACUAAGCCAAAAGAGGACCACCUCACCCACAACACUGAAGAGGUAACAAAGACAAUAAACUCUCUGACAGUAAGGCAGGAUACUGAAGACAUUUCUGAUGUAAACAUGGAGGAGGACCUAGCUGCAACAGAACAAGAAAAACAAGGUGCUUCUGAAGUAACCAGUGAGGAACUGGAAGACGAUCAAUCACAGUUAUUGCAAAAAACUGCCACAAUGAUUGAUGAGCGAGUUGAUAUGGAACCUGUCUCACUGCAGGGCGUAACAACUUUAAACUCAGACAUCUCGCAAAGCUCUGAGAUACCAGAGUUACAUAUUGUCAUGGCACAUGAAGGACAGAAUGGAUUGGGCCAAAUUCCACUUCAGGGGGAAACACUAAAUGAGGGCUCUGGUGAGGAGAACCUAUCAGAAAAUUGCACAGAGAGUGAGAGUGCCAAUCAAGCGAAUAUCAGUUCAGAAUCUAGUCAAACUGGAGAUGCUUGCGUUGACUUUAUGGCAGAGAAGACCUCUGGUGUAACUCUGCAGAUCUUAACAGCUGUGCCAGGAACAAAUGAUAAAGAAGAUGCAGAAGCAGUGGGAGCAGUUGUCCAACCAGACACAGAGCCCCAGAACCUGGAGCAAGAAAUAAAAACUGAAGAUGGUCCUGACCAAGAUGCACCAGAGACUCAACAAGCAGAGGAUGCAGACUGGUCAGUGAAGGCUGAGAAUAAUUCUGAUGACACUUUGGAGAGCUUAGCUGAGGAGGUAAGAACAGAGAAUGAGGAACAUGUAGGAACAGUUGCAGUGUCUGGCUCAGUAGAGAAAGAAGAAACAGAAAAUGCAGAAGAGCAAAUGGAGGGUGAAGACGGUCCUGAUCAGGUUGCUAUGCUGACUCACCAAACAGAGGAACAGGAGAAGAACAGAGAAAUGUCAUCAAGGGCCAGUCAAUCCCUGGAGGAUGACGAUGAGUUAAUAGCAGGACAGACUAUUGAUGUAACCAUGGUCACAGAAGAGGAUGCACAGGAUGGGACAAGAUUGCAGGAUGGAGCAGGCACAGACAUACAUAUAUCAACUGAUAUAGCAGAAGAAGAAGAAGAAGCUCUGGACUCAAAACAGAAUUUGGAGGGAGGUUUCAGAGAUGAAAAAGAUCCUGGUGAAGUCACAGAGAAAGGGGGAGAGGGUGAGCAGGACACCCCAGGCUGUAUGACAGAGUUCACAUCACAGGAUAUACUAGUUCCUACGACAGAAGCUUAUCCUCAUCUCUCUACAGAGUUCAUACAAGUUCAGAAUCAAGCAUAUGCUGAGGAGCCCCUCCUGGUUCAGAGGGAGAUGGGAGAGGAUGAGGGGAAUUUCAGACUUGAGAUGGAAAAAACUCUGCUUCAGAUAGAGGAAGAUAAAGAAGAGUUAUGUAUCACUGUGCAGGAGGUCUGCACAUCUGAGGAUGCAGCUGUCCAGCAGGCAGUGGAUAAUGUAGGUGAGGUGAUGGAGGAAACAGAAUUUACGAUUGACCAAGCAACAGCAGAUGAUGACAGCUUAAGUGCAGAGGUGAAAUCAUCAGAGGCAGUAAGCAUGGGCCAUAUGGAGUUUCAGACAGAUUCUGAUCUAGCGACAGGUGGUGCAGAUGAAGACAGCUUAAGCGUAGAGGUGAAAUCAUCAGAGGCAGUAAGCAUGGGCCAGAUGGAGUUUCAGGCAGAUUCUGAUCUAGCGACAGGUGGUGAAGAUAAUGACAGUUUAAGCACAGAGGUGAAAUCAUCAGAGGCAGUAAGCAUGAGCCAUAUGGAGUUUCAGGCAGAUUCUGAUCUAGUGACAGGUGGUGCAGAUGAAGACAGCUUAAGCACAGAGGUGAAAUCAUCAGAGGCAGUAAGCAUGGGCCAGAUAGAGUUUCAGGCAGAUUCUGACGUGGUAACAGGCAGUGCUGUGACUGAACUGUCUGAGUUAUCUACAGGAGAAAGAACAGAAAUCAAUAUGGCAGUGAAUGUGACCUCGGAGGACACAGACUCCACCUUAGCAGCAGCAGCAGGAAUUCAGUUGGCACCAGAACCGAUCCAGAGCCAACUGACCUCAGAAUCAGACCAAUCGCAAGGGCUCACAAUACCAGUCAUUCCCCGUAACAAACACAGAAGGAGUAAAAAGUCAUCCAGCUCUGUGUCCAGUCCAAAAAGUCCCAAGAGUCCACUGGGAAAAUGUAAACAACAAUGA